CAAUUCUGAUUCUCUACAUAACUGCACAGAGCCAACCGGAGAGAGGGAGAGAAAGAGAGAGAGGGCGGGCGGGCGGGAGAGAGAGAGAGGGAGGGAGGGAGGGAGAGGGAGAGCACGAAAGCAGCGCCAGGAGCAGCGGCAGCAGCAGGGCCGGUCACCCUCGCCCCCUCCCUGCUCCUGUGCACGCCAGUGCAAGCUAUGUCCUAUCCUCAGGGUUACCUCUACCAGCCCCCCGGCUCGCUGGCUCUGUACUCCUGCCCGGCGUACGGGGCUUCGGCGCUGGCGGCCCCCAGGAGCGAGGAGCUGGCUAGGUCUUCGUCGGGAUCGGCGUUCAGCCCUUACCCGGGAUCGGCAGCUUUCACCGCCCAGGCUGCGGCCACAGGCUUCACCAGCCCUCUCCAGUACUCCACAGACCCCGCCACGGGAUUCCCCUCCUACAUGGGCUCCCCUUACGACGCCCAUACGACGGGGAUGACCGGAGCCAUCAGCUACCACCCGUACGGCAGCCCUGCCUACCCCUACCAGCUCAACGACCCUGCGUACAGGAAAAAUGCCACCCGCGACGCCACGGCCACGCUGAAGGCCUGGCUGCAGGAGCACCGCAAGAACCCCUACCCCACCAAGGGGGAGAAGAUCAUGCUGGCCAUCAUCACGAAGAUGACCCUCACCCAGGUCUCCACCUGGUUUGCCAAUGCCCGUCGGAGGCUCAAGAAGGAGAACAAGAUGACCUGGGCCCCGCGGAACAAGAGCGAGGACGAGGAUGACGACGAAGGCGAAGGGGCGAGGAGUAAAGAGGAGAGUCCCGACAAGAUGCCCGAGAGCAACGAAACCUCCGCGGAGGACGAAGGGAUCAGCUUGCAAGUCGACUCGCUGACGGACCACUCCUGCUCCGCCGAGUCGGACGGCGAGAAGCUGCCUUGCCGAGCGGGCGACCCCCUCUGCGAGUCAGGCUCGGAGUGCAAGGACAAGUACGAGGACAUCGAAGAAGAGGAGGAGGACGAGGACGAGGAGGAAGAAGAGGACAUCGAGGAGGACGACGGCGGUGGCGGAGGGGAGCGCGACCCGCCGGCCAAGACCUCCACCUCCUCGCCGCUGGCCGCCGUGGAGGCCCCUCUGCUCGGCCACCCGCACGCCGACGCCGCCCGCAGCGCCAGCAAGGCGGCGCUGAGCGGCCGCUCCUCGCCCGGGCCUCCGACGCCGGCCAGCAAGCCCAAGCUCUGGUCGCUGGCUGAAAUCGCCACGUCGGACCUCAAGAGCCAGACCCUGGGUCAAGGGUGCCAGCCGGCGCCUCUCUCUUCGGCCACCCCUGCCUCCGCCCCGCACAGCGCUGCCUACUCGUCCUCCUCCCUCCUGGGAAGGCAUAUUUAUUACACCUCACCUUUUUAUAGCAAUUAUACAAACUAUGGGAACUUUAACGCUCUCCAGAGCCAGGGAAUCCUGAGAUACAACUCCGCAGCAGUGGCUUCAAACGAGGGACUAAGCCAGACUGUCCUAAACGCCAGCUCUGUUCACAAACAGAGCAGUGACUCUUUGAAAACGAUCACUAACCAGCUAGAACAACAUUACAGGCCCUCUAGUUAUGACUCUAAGAAAGAUCCCACUGAAGUCUGCACAGUAGGAGUACAACCAUACCUAUAGAAGUGCAAUCACACAGCAAUGCAAGUAGGUGUCACAAUUGCUUUGAAAAAAGUCAGCAAGCCAUCAUCUCUCCCCGAGCUAAUAUAUAUAACAAAUCUCUAAAUCCGGAUCACAUGUGGUGCCACUGUAUAAAAGAAGACCACAGAGCACUAUUAGAUCUUCAGACUCUAAUUAUUAAACCAGAAUUUUGUUGGACAUACGUGAGUUUGCUGGUAUAGUAUAGCUUCCCCAAUGUAUGUGUGACUUUUGAAAACAGAUCUGUUUUUCUCAGGAUAUCUUGAAUUGAUCACUUCAUUGCCACGGUAUCUAUUCGAUAGGUGUGAUAGGAUUUAUUGUAAAAUUUAUUUGUAAAAUAUGUAUACAGUAGAGAUAAUAAAGACGUGAUUGGAGAACUUGAGUCCUUACAAAGUGGAAACAAAUUUGAUAUUUAUUUUUGUAACGAUAUAAAGCUUCUAGUAAUUUAUGCAAGUUGUAUUGCAAUGGAAUCUGAACUUUUUGUAAAUAAAUUUUGCCUGGUUUUUAUUUGAAAUGUUGAUGGUUAUACAAUCUUUGGUUGUUUAACGAGAAUUCUUUACUAAUUUAUAUCUCUAAUUGUAAAUAAAAACAGACUAGUCUGCAACAAUA